CGAUUACGCGCGAAAUACAGGUUAAAGUUGCUACAAAAUGGACCUCAGUUCGUUCCAAGAUAAUUCACAAAAUUUUACCCUAAAAUCUGUGGUACCAGAAGUAACGUUAAAUGAACCAUGUUGUGUUGGCAUCGAUGAAGCAGGAAGAGGACCUGUCCUAGGUAAAACGUGGCCAUUUUUGACAUUUGCUCGAAGCCUUGACCUACUUUAAGUUUACAUAAGGUACUUUUAUCUUUCCCGUGAAAUAUGUAGGGCCGAUGGUUUACGGAAUCUGUUAUUUUCCUCUGACAAAAUCUGAAAAAGUGAAAAAUCUUGGAGUUGCAGGUAAGCUGAUAAAUCUUGUCGAAACAAUUCGAGAAUUUAAAAUGUCGACAAAUGUAGCUAAUUUUCCUUUUUAUUUUCUUUCCAAUUAGAUUCUAAAACACUUACAGAGGAACAGCGCGAGGAUCUGUUUAAAAUCAUUGAUGAGAACAAGGAGUUCAUUGGUUGGGCAAUUGACAUCUUAUCACCUAAUUACCUGUCUAACAGUAUGCUGAGAAGGUGAAUUAAGCUUUUUCUGAGAAACAGCAGUUUUUCUUCAGUUGGAGGAAAGAUUUGAGGCAGGAACUGCUCAACAUUCGGUUGUGUACUCAAACACCAUGCAGUGAGACCAUAAUACAGCAAACUGAUUAGGAUUAGUAGUGUUUACUAAAACAGGAUUUCACUGGAUUGCGGUUACUUUCUCUUCAUUUACAUCUACGUCAGUAGGUCGUAUUGGGCUUGACCAAGGUUUUAUGUCUAAAAUACUGGCAUUUAAUACUUUUAUCUCGUUAGUUUUCCAUUUGGUUCAUACAAGAUCCUGUUUUUUUCAUCUAUCCAUCUGUAUCUAUGAAGGACAAACUGUUACAUAAUAUGGAGAGCUUGGCAUAGUGUUGCUGCAAAAAAUAUCCAUACCCCUCCUUUAGAGGGUUUCAACUCACCCCCUCCCCCCCCCACCCACCUUCUUUUUUAAUUAUAUGACUUUUGAACCUGUUCUCCUGUUUCCUUGCCCUUCACAUUCUUGAAAACAAUUAAAAUUUGUAAAUAAAGAUGUUUUCUAUAUUGUGAAGGGCAUGGGACAAAGAACAAAAUCUGGAUCCCUAUGAACAAUCAAACCUGUAAGGUUCAGACUCUGAUACUUUAUUACUGAGGUACAUAAAACUCUGUGAUAAGCUACACCUUUAUUAGGUUCAUAAGUGUCACUCAUGUUCCUGGCAAGACAAAUGAUGCAUUUCUUUUUUUAAUGACAAUCUCAAACUUUAUCAUCUUUCUUAUUUGAUUAAAUUAAAGCUGUGUCUAUGUUAACUUCCAGAACAAAAUACAGCCUGAAUGAAAUAUCUCAUGACACAGCCAUUGGACUAAUAAACCUUCUUCUCUCGAGUGGCAUUAAUGUCCAUGAGGUAAAGGAGAAAUAGGGGUUAUGUUGUGGGUGACAUAAGUUGGUUUGAUCUGUGGUGUUUGUGUUAAAGUUCCCUUUUUUAUUAUUAUUUUUUAAGUUUAUCCAGUACAAUUUUAAACUACAGAGUAGCCUCUUCUUACAUCAUCAUGUAAGAGAGAAGCCUUGGGCCAGACUGGAACAAAUUGUCCCUCAACCUUUGAAUUUUUCAUUUUCAUGUACUGAACACUUAUAUCCAGGGACCUUUUUUUUUCUAGUUUUGAAGGUAUCCCUUGUGAUAGGGGUUACGCCACAAAGGUAAAUUUUCCUCUCAGCUCCUUGGAUAAAAAUUUUCUUGUAAUUGUAAUAGCUCACUCACAACCUGCUUCCAAAGUAUGCUUCAUGAAAUUUGAUGAAGACCAGUGGUCUGUGACAUAUGCAAGAUUAAAAGAACCUCCUUACUAUCCACUCAGUCUUUGGUGAGAUCAAGUCAUCCCUGAAUCAUUUACAAUUGUUUGACAUACAUCAGAACCCCUGUCGAUAAUGGCGAGUUAAGAUUUAAUGUGCCCAACAAUUGUCCAUGAUAACUGAGUUUUACUCUAGAAUUAUUCUAACUGAGUUUUAAAUAAGCCAGUUCAAUAAAAAGGUUCUAAAAUUAUGGAAUUUAUUUUUAGAUUUAUGUAGACACUGUGGGAGUAGCAGACAAAUACCAAGACAAACUUCAAAAGAUUUUUCCAGGAAUCAAGAUAACUGUGGCUCCUAAGGCUGAUGCUAAGUUCCCUGUGGUUAGUGCUGCAAGUAUCUGUGCAAAGGUGAUGAGACACUUGAAUUUACAUUUAUUACUUAAUGUAUACAUUAAGCAGAUUUUCAUGUAUUAAUGUGUAAGUGCAACUAAAACAAUUUAACUGACAGAAUUAUGAAUCUUUCUAUUCCAUUAGGUUAAGGAAUGAGUGCAAUGUUAGAAGAUUGAAAACCAACAAGCAAACAAUCAGUUAAAGGAAUAUGACUCUUUCUUACACUGCCUCUUAACUUGCUCAAAUUAUUUCACACAAACGAAGUUACUGAGUCAGACUAUUUUUCCAUACUGAUUGCUAGGUUGCCAGAGACAGAAUAUUGAAAGAAUGGAAAUUUCCUGAGAACAUUGAAUUUGGUAAUGAACAUGGUUCUGGUUAUCCUUCAGGUAAGAACUAUCCAAAGAUUUUGUUUCUCAUCAAUCCAAGUAGUUCUCUUCUUCAUUAAUGUUUUCAUGUGGAAGCUCUGAUUUAGAACAACCCUGACAAAAUUACAUGUUGGAAACAAUAGUUAGGUUAUAUUACACCACCGAAAAUCCCAAUCCCUCCCCAUGCCGGCUUAAACUUUCCUUUUCUCUGUGUCCCUGGUAAAGUCUGCACCUAAACCAAGUGACACACAAGGCACCAGAGCCAAUCUCAGUUUCCAAAGCAUGAAACCACUAAGAUAUGUCACUGUUUUCCCUGGGUGUUUAUUGCUGGAACUCCAUUUUACAUUUUUAGGUAAAAAUUAUCUUCUCUACUGCUAUAGAUCCUGCCACCAAGAAGUGGUUAUCUGAUUCAGUUGACAAGGUCUUUGGCUUUCCUCAACUGGUGCGAUUCAGUUGGUCAACAUGUAAUAAUAUUUUGGAUAACAAAGCUGUUGACGUACAUUGGUAUGCUAUCUGCAUCUUUUGUUACUAUUGUUUUGUGAAAAAAAAGUGAUUACUUCAGAAACCAUUUUAUUCAGGGAAUAACACCAUGGUGUCUGUAGGUAUCUUAAAUAAAACUCUCUCCUUUCAUUAAGUAGACUCUGCAUGAGUUUCAGCUUUGAAAUAGAUGAAUAUAACCUGCAUUCAAUUCAGCUAACAUGCAUGAACUAGCCCAAUUUAUUGUUACUGGUCCAAAAUAGAUAUUUUGGACCAGUUUAUUGUGAUUUACUCUGCAUGGUUGAUCAGGUAAGAGAGCACUGGAAGAUGCACUUGAAAGUUUCCACAAUCUUUCAAAAAUUAUUUCAACCUCAUGAGUGUCUACACGAGGUUUUGUUUUCAUGGAAGAAGUCCUCAAUUGCUUUCACAGAACACUUCUUAAAAAUAUGUGCAAAGCUAAACUCAACUGCAUUUACACACUCAUCUGAUCACACUUAUUGACCAGUAAGAGCAUACCUGGAAAAACGUAUAAAUGAUUAGUCAAUGAAAUCCCAUUGUUAUCUCUAUCAAAGUAUGAGACAACAUAAAAACCUAAAAAAAAAACAUUAAAAAAAACAUUAAAAAAAACAUGAAACCUCCUAAUUAUGGCUCAAAUGCAUCAAAUUUUACUUCAUUUUGAAACUUUUGGAAAAUAGUCCAGACUGGUAUUAAUAACAGUAAUUAACAAGGAAAUUGUAGUCAAUAAUCAGUCCCACUUUCCUAGUGUGCCCUGUUGUGCAAAUCAAUAGAAAUUGAAGAAGAAAAAUUUCACUACCAUGUGAGCUUUGGGAGUCCAGAGCUCUAACAGCACUGGUAUAUUUUCUUGCUGAUUUCUGUAGACUUUAGGCAAGUAUUACCCUGAAAAUGGGGGACACCUGGUACUCUAGGAAAUUUGAAAACUAUUGUUUUAAAACAACUCACCUGGCUCUGUGACCAUACUAUGGGAUGUUAUGUGACAAAAAGAGAGUUCAUGUUGACAUCAAGAAACUGACAAAUGUGUGUGAGACUUUCCUUGAUAUUCUGCUUUCAGUUGUCACAUGUUCUAAUAGAGAUUUUUGUAAUUUUAAAUCACAUUUUCAGGGAUGAUGAUGGCAGUGAUGAGGAUUCCCCACCACCAGGGACUGCUUCAAUAACUUCUUUUUUUGCUCCCAAAAAGGAUUCAGUUGUUUACCAAAGACACCAGUUCUUCCGAGACCGUCAUCUAGAACCUGUGAAUAGUUUCUAGAGAAGAAAACUGUUGAAAAUAGCCACCAUGUGUAUAAGCUACUAUGGAAGUAACUUCAUAGUUCUCGUGCUUUUCUUUGAUUAAGUUGUUCCUUUUCAAAGAUUGCUUUAGAACUCCUUAUAAACUACACUAGAAAAAUAUUUACUACCUCUCACACCUUUAUUCAAUAAAGUUACAGA